ACUUCCGGUGACCGGAGCGCGGCGGCAUAAAGCGGGUGCGCGGCGGCUUCCGGUUCUCUUUGCCGCGGGAGAGGAGGAGAGACGACAAUGACCAAGAAGCGAAGGAACAACGGGCGCGCCAAGAAAGGCCGCGGGCACGUGCAGCCGAUCAGAUGCACCAACUGUGCCCGCUGCGUCCCCAAGGACAAAGCCAUCAAGAAGUUCGUCAUCCGUAACAUCGUGGAGGCAGCUGCCGUCAGGGACAUUUCGGAGGCCAGCGUCUUCGACUCCUACGUGCUGCCCAAGCUCUACGUGAAGCUGCAUUACUGCGUGAGCUGCGCCAUCCACAGCAAAGUGGUCAGGAACCGCUCGCGGGAGGCAAGGAAAGACAGGACCCCCCCUCCUCGUUUCAGGCCAAACCCAUCCAUGCCACGUGGACCUCCACCAAAGCCGAUGUAAACAUCAGGAAAUCGAAUCGAAUCCAUUAUUCUCUGGAUAAACAACAAUGUUGGACCAUUAAA